AUGGCGGCAGCGGCACCCUUCCUGCUCGGCCUUCUGCUCAUCACGUGCGUAGUCACCGCCGGCGGCGACGGCGGGGCAAGAGAUCUUCCUCAUCUCGAGCUACCAGGCAGCCCCAACUCGGGCCGUGCUCACGCGUCCGACGCGCCGCCGCCACCGCCGCCGCAGGGGCAGCUCAUGGACAUCAUGUCCACGAGCGGCUGCGGGAGGUUUGCGGCCCUCGUCGCCGCGACGCCGGACGCCAGCGACGUCUUCCAGCAGCUCCUCGUACCAGACGGCGGCGGGCUCACGGUGUUCUGCCCCGACGACAAGGCCGUGGCCGCGUUCGAGCCGACGUUCGGAGCUCUCGCCGAGAGCGACCGGCUGGACGUCCUCCUGCGCCACGCCGCGGCGGCCCGCUACGACCGGGCGCUGCUGGCGCCCUUCGCCUGGGUGGAGGUGCGCACGCUGGGCGUCGCCGACAAGGAGACCGUCCUCAUCCGCGACAGAGGCGACAGCAUCAGGCUGUGGCUAGGGCCUACGUGGCCCAGGGACGGCCAGGCGGCCACGGUGACGAAGGCGAUCUCGUCGUCGGAGCACCCCCUCGUCCUGUACGUCGUCGACGCCGUGCUUCUGCGACGGCAGAAGCCUGAUGGAGGGGACAAGGCGGCGGCGUGCGGUGGGCAAGAAUUCUGCUGGCUGUUCGGCUGCAUCAUCCCGAUCGUGUCGGAGUGGCUGUCCCUGAUAAUUACUCAUGAGUUAUUCCGCGACCGCGCCUGA